AGACUCUGCGGUUACAUAGUAAGCACAGCUCCUGAAGUAUUUGUUUGCCAUGUUUUCCAUUGUUCUCCGAACGCGGCAUCGCUUACGAAAGCGUUAGCUGAAGCCUGCGAGGUAAGAGUGGUCACCGUUUGAUUCAAAAUAUUUCUUCCUUUCUGAUGCCCUGAAAUUCUCCGGUAAAUGUGUCUUAACAAAUUGCGAUAGCCAAAGAUAUAUAACGAAUACCAGUUUCUUGUGUGCUCUCCAAACUUUCCAAGUGCAUCUGUUACUCGAUAAACGCACAGCUAAGAGCUGAACCGUCUUUUAUCGCAUAGCUAACAAAAAUGCUUGGUUUUUGAUUGACUACAAACUUCUCGUAGCUCGCGGCACAGAAAAGUAAACGUUUCUGUUGGUUGGUACAAACACGCAACAAUCGUCUAGUUUGAAAGAAAGUUCUUCCCUUCAAACUGACAGUGAAAAUUUGCUUAUUUGUUCUUUAAAGAUCAAUGUAAACUAAGCAGAAACAAAGGUAAAUUACCCUUUAACCCUCGGACCCUUUUCCGGAAGCUUCUUUACUGGCUUUUGUCCACCGUUGAACCUGUUUUGACAUUAAUUUCUUAAUCAUAAUAUUGUUUGUUGUUUGAACUAAAAUGAGUUUUUCUUCAUUUUCAUUUUUCAGCUACGUUUCCAGAAAUGCAUCGAUGCUCAUCCAGAAAUUGUACAAAAAGUAACAGCUACAGAGCAGGAAAAGGCGAAAGAAAAAAUUGAUAAAGAGAAGGAAAAGGUAAGUUGAAGCAAGCGUACAGUACACUUAAAAAUAUUUUUGGAAAAUCAUGAGAUCAGUAAUGAUUUUCAACAGGGAACACCUAUCGAACCAGUAAUUGAAACGUAGUCUAACCAGUGUUCAACAAAACCGCGUUCUAAGCCGUUUACACUUUGCCGAACGCUCUUACGUAAACACCAUUUAUCAUGAACAGUUUCACGGAAGCAUCAUAAUAUGGCUUGGACUAGAAAAGCAUUUGUCUUUUUAAAAUAACUCACUAAGGAAGAUAUUCAAAGACCGCGGUCUAAGUUAGACUUCGUUUGAGUAAGGGACACAUUGAGUUCAUGGGUAUGUGUAAUCAAAUGGCGACGAGUGAAAUAAGGGAAUAAUUUCACGCGCGUUUUGUCCAAGUUGUAAAAGUUUCCCAAGCCUUUUUUACCUAUCAAUUUCUUGGGUGACAAAUUACGCUCACAAUCUUGGCUUCGUGACUUGUUUAUCGUAUCGAGAAUUCCACGCACCGUAAACGGUUAGAACAUAAAUUUUGGCAUGAAUUCACAGUUUUUCUGAAAUUGACGACAAAACACCUGUUAUAAUUCUUCUUGAUGUGCACUUUCGUGUGUUUAGGUAUUCUAAAGCGUCGUUUAAUGCCCUAAUGUCAUCAUUCAUAACAUUUAAAACCUUGACGCCACCUUGGCACUGAGACAUAUGGAACGUUGCCAUAGCAAUUUUGUAAUUUCACUCGUGAUGUUAUCAAUUUAACAAUAAAAUUUCGCGAAAAAAAAUUAAGACGAAAUUUGUCACCCAUGAUAUUAGAUGCAUAACAAAAGCUGCAAUUGGUGACAAAAUUAUUCGAGACACUUUGUCCUCGGUAAUUUUUUUUGCGUUUUACCGAGAAUACCUUGUCAGUUAUAUCAGUUUUGUGCCGCUGCUCAACGUCCAUGGAGGAAACAAGAAACAAGUGUUUAUUGGUUGAAAAAUAAUGGGGAGGGGUCCAUAAUGUUUUGCUUUCUGCACCGUACGUCAUUUGAGGACAGUGUCUCAAGAAAUGCUGUCGCCAAUGCAGUUGUCCUUUUCGUAAAGGUCGCUGCAAUUUUUAAGACACUGAUAUACAAGUAGGUAAUGACUGAAUAUAAACAUUACCAUUGACAAAAGGAAUGGGCGGGUACAGGUAAUCGAUCUCGCACAAAAAAGUGUAAAUCUUUUAGUUCUUCUCGCUAGAGCAAUAUGUAAAAGGUUUUCUAAGGUUUCAUUACGGUAAAGAUGUACACAAGAAAAAACCCAGUGGAAAAUAAGCCAACUGAGUGAUGUUUUCUCCGAGAACCCGAUGAGGAUAUAGAUUCCACUGGGUCUGUUACAGCGGGGUGUGUCAUGCAUUUCACACAUUUCCACUGUCACCUUUCAUUAUUUAAGAUCUUAGGGCCUGUUUACGUGGGGGUGGGGUACUCCAGGUAGGUGAGGCAACAUGUGGCGGGUCAUCCAACCUAUCGUGUAAACAUUAUCAAGUUAAACAGGCGGGCGGGUUACCUCACCUUCCUGGGGUCCCCCACCUCCAUGUAAACAGGCCCUUAGAUUCUAACCGAAAUUGAUUUAAUUUUCGUUUCCAGCUUUUAUUUAUAAAUGAGACUACCAUGAAAUAGCAACAAUCUUGAAAUCGUCCAUGCGAUUUAUUUUACUCGCUUUAUCUCUACAUUUUCGUUGCUGCUUUGCACCACUUUUUAUUUUAAUUUAUUUUACAACAGGCUGGUUUUAUGACAAGUGUUCAAGGGUUCCUGGGAAAGCUUGGCCCAAAGAAAGGAGGAGGGAAAAAGGUCAGCCAGUGAUUAUUAAAGUUUUCUUAGAGCAGCAGAGCUAAGGGUAUAGUUUGUGAUUUGAAAUUUGGCCAUUUAGUCUGUCAGCAAGGUCUGGGGUUGGAGGGGGAGGGGUAAAAAGGGAGCCACCCCUACUCCAACCCCCCUAACAGGGGGAUUCCUCACAAGUUAAAUAACUGUGCUUUAUUUUCAUAGUCAGAUUUUAAAAAAAUCUUAAGGUACCGCUCAAUAUAAGUGACUAGACUGUUUCAAUUUGCAGUUUGACACUAGGAGUAAAAAUACCAAAAUUAAUGAUUUGGCUCUGUUUGGACUUUCCUUCACUUCAGUUGACAUUAUUAGGUCAUCAAUUAAGCAGAGAAAUGCUUUUCUUUCCUCUUAAAAAUAAUUAUUGUUGGAAAGUGUGAAAAGUCGAAAUACAGAAGGUAUUUCUCUGGCCAUUCAACUUUUGGAGAAAACAGAAAUAAAGUAGACAAUUUACGUGACAUUCUAAACAACAACGACAACAAUUUAUUCAAUUUAAUAAUUAAAUUGAUCAGUGUUGUGGUACAUGCUAUCACAAUAUUGUUUAUAUCUGAAAAAGAAGCAACACACCCUAGAAGCGCAAAAAAGGGGAUCUUUCCAGCCCAGUUAAUUUUAAAUUUUGUACCUGUGAAUUAAAUUUUAAGGUGCGAUUAUGUAAUGAACCACUCCAGGGGUAUUUUUGCAAACAUCCGUAUCUUGUUUUUUGGAAUUUUUGUUGUAUAACAUGUGGAAUCUUGGUUGAUUUAUGUUGUGGGGCACUUUUUGGAGUGACAGGAUUAAAUGUUUUUCUUUUCUUUUUUACACAGGAAGAGAGCAGUACACAAGAAACCAAACCUUCAAGCAAUAUUCCAGUAAUAACUUGCAAACCUUCACAUACAUUCAUGGUCAAGUACUAUGGUGCUCUGCCUGUGGCCGUGGGAACGGGAAUAGAGACAGUAGAGGAAGCAGCUAAGGUGUGUGGACUUGUGAAUAUCAUUAUUGUUCCUCCCCUUCAAAAGUGUAGAAGUGUAUAGCCUGAGAAAACAGCCGACAUUUCUCGACGUCACCAAUGGUUUCCUUUGCGUAAUGACGUCUGAUGAACGAGCGCAGAAAUUCCAUGCUAAUGACGUGUCACUACCCAAAUCUGGGUAAUGCUUCUGAUUGGUUGACGCAAAUUUCCCUCGCGACAUGACCAAUAGACCUCUUCGGCUAACUCAAUGUUGUACCCGAUUCAAACCCUUUGGUAAUAAAACGUUUUGUUUCAGGAAUUUCCACAUCAUUUAAAUGUGAAUGCCACAUUAAUAUAUAGAUUUAGCCAGGGCUAAAAGCGAAGCUCCUAUUAAUUCGAAUUUAUAAUUCAAAUCAAACAAUAAACUUGUAUUCCACAAAUCAGUUAACUUUAGAGCACAUUCAUGUGACUUUUGAGGGAAAGACUACGUGAUUUUCGAGAAAAAUAAUUUGCAAACAGUCCAAGCUAAGAGUGAACUUAAUCUUACAUCGAGUUGAUAGCCUUUAUAUGUACACCCAAAAACUAGCAAUCAUCUUCGAUCACAUUUAAGAGCCACUCUUGAUCACAGUAGAUUAGGCCUGGAAAACAAAUCAGGCCGAAUUUUUUGCGUUCGACAUGUUUACUUUACAAAAUCUUGCCAACAACUCUGGGGACGUGUAAACCAACCUUUUAUACUUUUUGUAUAUCACAUCUGAGGUGAAACAGUACCAUGAGGCGCCGUUUUAAUCGUACAGACCUCGGACAGAAUGCAGUGUUUCACAAUUUUGCAAUACAAAUUGCACUCAUUCAAUAUUCAGGACGAUCGAAGCACGUGUGGGCUUUUAGCGAAACCGUCAAAAAAAUUUCCAAAAUCACCUAUACGGCUAGCCGGUUCUCACUUUUGACAAGUCGACUGUUUAAAUUAAGAUUAAUAUAGUUAUACGCUUCAACACAAUAAAGAAUUUAUUAUAAAGAUCUGUAAUCUUCAAAAGCGUUUGAUACGCGCGGCAUUUUGACUACUCCUGCAAGCGAUGUUCAUGAGCGACUGAAAACAAACGGCACAGCGAUUAAAAUUGCAAAAGAGACUACUAACAAUCAAUAAAGAAAAGGGAAAAUAAUUCGGUGAAACAUAUACAGAGACAACAAUUUUCAUUCACGAAGACAAGUAUUAAAGUGUCUCUGAAAAUCCUUGUUUACGUUUUAAGCCGGCUUCCCGGUGUUUGCUUUUUUCAAAGAUGAACUCGAGGCAAGAAAAUCGCUCAAAGCUUUCUUUUACAGCCAGAAUUAUAACCAAAUAUUCUUUGGAACGUUUUCUUUCUAUUUGCGGUGAGAAAAUGUCUAAAGGCUUUUUAAAGUUCCAUAAGCUUAUAAUCAAACCUGAUACUCGGUCACUCUCGGUCAGAUCAUUGUCUCAAAUCUUACAAACGUGCAUAAACCAAAUAGCCGCGUAAACUACGCUCGACUUCAUUAAAUUAGAUAUAAAAAACAAACAUCAAAUACAAUAAUUACUCAGGCUUACCUUUCGAGAUGCACUGAAAACUAUCAAGUAAGGCCAGAAUCGCUUCAGACUUUUCAACCGUCUUACGCAUCAAGCAAGGUGAAAAACGAAAACGAUGCCAUCCGAAAUCGGAUUUCCGACUUUGCCAAAGCGACGUAUUUCUCAACCAAAAACCCAAUAAACAAACUAGCCAUGAAUAACAGAAGACUCUUGAUAGCAGCUGAAUUUCACUUUGUACAUUCAGUGGAAAAAGACAGUUAAAAACAUCACAAGUUGACACAAAACUCUGUCAGCUUCAGCUGUCAAAGUAAACAAGUUUCAAGAUGCUGCAUAAAUUUUCCGCGUGAACUCACCUGUCAAAUUUUGACCAAUCAGAGUAUAAAAAUUGGACGUAGAGCGUGACCAACGCGUGACCUUGGUGAGAAAAGUCAAAAGCAACUAGCAUGUCCUCCCUGCCUGUAAAAACUGGCUUAAUUUUUAGCUUCCGAGGUCAGUUUGAAAUCAAAAUUUUAAUUGUGCGGCACAUAUAAAACACAACAUAAUUCAUAUGAAUUGAAAAAUUAAGCUUGAGCCUGCAAUCAUUUGAAAACUAGUAACUUGUCAGCGGAUAACUUCAAAAAGAUACUCGACCUCGAUUGGUCGACACCUGAGCCCGCGAUACGAUCAGGUGAUACUGGUCAGCGGAUAUCCUGUUUUGACAGCUGUCAAUUGAUCACAAGAUUGAUGUGCAAUAUGUCUGCAAUAUCAGUCUUCCUGUGCUCCCAAACUAGCUAGAAAGUGUGAUUGAACAUUGGUUGCCCUGUGGUGCGGACGGACGGGCGGGCUGAGGGCGGUGUACGGUCAUGUGAUUACCAAGUUUUCUGGGAUGGGUAGAUUUACUUACCCAUGGUGCUCCGCAGGCGCGCUUCGCACGCCAGAGCUCCGCUAUAAUGCAAAUACAAUACACAGAGAAUCUUAUCCCGGGCGAUUUGAAUUGGGUAUAGCAUUGAGUUAGCCGAAUAGGUCUAUCAGAAGCGACUACCCAUAUCUGGGUUAAAAUACGUCAUCAGUAUGGAAUUUGUGCGCUCGUUUCUCAGACGUCAUUUCGCGGGGAAGGCCAGUGGUGGCGUCGCUGCUUUCUCAGGCUAGCAGAUAUAUUGCUAGACCUUGUAUAGGUUAAGGAGAUGUUACUUUACUUCAAAUAAUCCUGUAAAUACGAGUUAAAGCCGGUUGUAAAAACAAAACAAAGAACGUCUUCAUGCUUUUGUCGUUCACCUGAUGCAUUCGCUAACUGCCUGGGAUUUUUCUCAAGCAAAACAAUCUCGUUACCAGAGGCUGCAAUCCUUUUGGUCAGCACCAAGCAAAACGCAAAAAAUCAACAAUGCGCACGCAGAACCACGAUCCUCUUUUUCAAACUUCAAUCAUGUUUUAGUUUACUGAUGUAGGCAGACCAUAAUAAAUGAAUUCCAGCUUCCCAAAGCACGCGUAGCUAUAUAAAAGGUACGGUAAAAUGGCCAGCAAAAACUUGCAACUUGUUUUGCAACUUUGCUGCAGAACGAGUUAAAAAAGGAAUGUCGCUCGUUUUACCACCCACUAAGGAAACCUGUCUUGCAACAAAUCAGCUUGUUGCAGGUUGCAAAACGUUGUUGUAGAAAGUAGAGAGUAGUUCUACUUUUUGCAACAAAAUCUGUAGAUGUUGCGCGAUUUACCGGCCCAAGGCAAACUUGUUUAGCAGCAAAUGCCGCAACUCUUGUGUACGGCGUCACUCCCGCGUAAUUUUUUUCCAAUCAAAAGUCAGUAUUCACGCAUCCUGCAAAAGUCCGAUUUGUUGCAAGACAGGUUUGAACGUGAGUGGUAAACGCGCACCAUGACCUUAGCUUUUAAGGUAUUUUAAAAUCACUUUAAAGUAAAUUUGCAUUUUUUUUUUUGUUACUGAAGCAUUUGGCUGGAGGCACUCUACUGAUUUGUCAGCUGGAUGUCGCACUGAAUGGAGUGACGCUUUAUGAUAGUCAAAGAAGCGCUUUGUCAAAGAGAAACUUGGAUGCUGAUACAAUAUCAUACUGCGGUCUUACAAGGUUCGUGUGACAGCUUAAAAGGCUCUAUACCUAAUGCUCACGCCGACCAACAGGGGAUUGUAGUGCUUUACUUUCCACUGGAAUAGUUGAGCGUACGAUUUACGCAGGCGCGCGUGGAGAGGCGCGCGCGGUGAUUUUUACGCGCUCGUGUAUUUCGUGCGCAAUUGUAUCCCUUAGGAAGAUGAGAAACUACUCGUAUUCUACCCGACCAACAGUCUGAGUCAUAACUUCGCUCGCCACCGUGAAUGUAGAAUUUGAUGGUGGGAGUUACCUAUUUUCGUUACGUUUGAUUAGGACUUCCAAAUUAGUUUUCGUCAAUCAUAAUCAAUAGUAUUUUUCGAUUAUGAUAGGCGAAUUGUUAAUCUAGUUUUACCAGUUAUUAUCGUAGACCAAAUUUAAUAGCAAUUUUUUAAAGCACUACUGAACCUUUUCGACAUUGUACCAUAGAAAUGGUAAUUUAUAAUUGGAUUUAUUGUUACUGUUGUUGUUUUGUUAUUAUUAUUAUUAUUAUUAUUAUUAUUAUUAUUAUUAUUAUUAUUAUUAUUAUUAUUAUUAUUAUUAUUAUUACUAUUAUUAUUAUUUUUAUAAUAAUGUCCUGUAUGAAAAUCAUGGUUUCUGCUGCCUUUUGACUUUUUUGGUUGAGGUUGCUUUUUUCUUAAAAACGUAGUUCUUUUCUGUCUUCCUUUCAGUUUGCAACGAUUGAUAUUUUUGGUAUUUUUCUUUCUGUUCCUUACAGUAACAGAAGCCAUUUUGGACUGAUACAGAGUAUGGGAGGCGGAAAAUACAUAUGUCACGUGUUUGCAGAGUAUAAGGUCAGUGCUAGGAGUCAUACAAUUUGAUGUAGCUUUUCAUUUUAUUGCUUUAAUCGUGGCUCUCACUUAAAUGUAAUUGCUGUUAUAUGCAGUUACUUACCCGAGGGUUCGUGUAUGACAAACUAAUUAUCCUUUAAUUGGGGUUUCCACUAUGAGAAUUUGAAAUACAGUUCACAGUGUAUUACUGUAUGUGUACUGCCAUUUGGAGUGGUGUACCUGGGUUUGAUUCCCAGAUCAGCACUUAGGGUGUAAACGUGACUGAGGAGAACGUGCUGCCUUAGCUCUGACAUGUGCAAAUAGUUCGACUUUCUCGUCUUCUCGGAUGACGAUGAAACACCAUAGACCCCGGCCUGCCUCAUAGUACUUUUACUCUUGGUCUAAUCUAACUCCGCGACGUAAGAAAAAUAACUACAAACGCAACAACUGAUCCCUUGCCUUGACUCCCUCCCCCCUCACCCACCUGGAAAGUGUCUUCCUCAAAUUCACUUUAGAAGGCAUUCAUCCUGUAACCCAUUAUUUACAAAUUGUAAACUAAGCCACAAGCAGUGUUUUAUUUUCCGUUUUCCUUUUUUUCUGUUAUUUUUUUUAAUGUCCCCAAGGGAAUGGAUAUUGGAACAUUUACAUUCAGCAGGUACUCGUUUAGGUUCUCGCUGCUUUAAGAAAAGAAAAAACAGCAACAACCAAGACGAGUCAUUUUUAGCUGAAAUCCCCACUUUGUUAUACGAAAGUGUAAAUUUCGACUAUGCCAAAAGAAAGAAUGAAAAAUAUACGCCAUCUGAUAACUUCAGGAAGUUAAACUGUUGUAUACAAACGAAAUCUGCAAUGUGACUCAAAAAUUAUUUUAAUACAAAUAUUUUAAUAUUGCAGACAAAAGCUGGUCCAAUUGUUGCUGCCAUUCAUGAGACUCUGUGA